GAUUCAGACAAGGUCAGAGGUCAUACAUACUUGGUGUGCCUCAUCUUCGCACUGUUCACAGGAUCUCAAAGACAAAACAAAAUGUCUGUCACUGUUUACAUUCAGAACCUGAAAUCAAGUGCUGGUAUAGCUGGUGAUGUUGGAGAGUUACUGGGACAAAUUGAUGAGUUACACUCUAAAAAAAUGUGGCACCAGUUGACUGAAGCUGUCCUCACCAUUGUCAAGACUGACUUCCUACAGCAGAGUGGACUCAUGGAGUUUUAUAAGAAUGUCCUAGUGGACUUUGAGCACAAGAUAAAUCCUCUUACACUUGUGGAGAUCAUACUGUACCUCAUCAGAGAAAUAACAGAUCCCAAUGAAGCAAUCACAUUCAUGGAGGGCAUAAAAGAGAAGGUCAAGAACAACAUGGAGGCCAAAGUUCUGUGUAUGAUAUCAAUAGGAAGCUUCAAUCUUAAAGUGUCCUCUCUCCAAGCUGUCAAGAGUGUAGUUGAGGAAGCUGGCAAAGAGCUGGACUCAGUGAGUGGAAUAACCAAGGUGCACGCAAGAUACUACGAUCUCUGCAGCAACUACCACAAGAUUCGAGCUGACCAUACUGCGUACUAUCACGAUGCUCUGCAUUUCCUAGGAUGUAUUGAUCUUGCUGAUUUGUCACGUGACGAGCAGACAGACAGGGCUUUCAGUCUGGGGCUGGCUGCUCUUCUGGGCAAGGACGUCUACAACUUUGGAGAAUUGCUUGGCCAUCCCGUGAUCCGAGUUCUUCAGGGAACAGAUAAGCAGUGGCUGAUUGAUGUUAUGUAUGCAUUUAAUGCAGGAAACAUUGAGAAGUUUGAGAAGCUUGGCCCCUUGUGGCAGCAACAGCCUGAUUUGUUUCAAAACCAAGACAAUCUAUUGCGCAAAAUUCGUCUGCUGGCAUUAAUGGAGCUUGUCUUCAGAAGGCAUGCCCAUGAUAGGAGUGUAACAUUCUCUGAUGUCAGUAAAGCUGCAAAUGUUCCAGAGACUGAUGUUGAGAUGCUGGUUAUGAAAGCUCUGUCCUUAGGAUUGGUGAAAGGGCAAAUUGAUGAGGUACGACAGGAGAUAGCCAUGCACUGGGUACAGCCACGGGUGCUGGACUUGACGCAGGCGGAGAAUCUGAAAGACCGGAUGAAUGAAUGGUGUGGACAGAUCAAAAACACCAUACACUAUGUUAAAGACGAGGUUCCAGAUGCGAUACUGUCCCACUGAUCAUAAACUGUUACUAUUUGAACUGAACGAUUCUAGCUAGACACUCAAUUAUUAUUAUUAUUCAAGAAGUCAAAUACCAAAUAACUACCAAGAUCUACCACAGUAGAUAUUAUAUAUCAAUUGCAAUUCUGAA